AUGGACCAACCGGGGCAGGGCAGAAGCAACGAAGCGGAAAGUGGAGCCUGCGUUAUACGCAUUAAGAGGAACAACUAUGUGCAUUUGCUGGACAACAACACAAACGUUACGCGAUGUCUGCUGGGGCCGCUGGUGUACACGCGCCAGGAACACGAACGGUGUCUGUUUUCCCCGCGGCCCUGCGUGGUUGUGCCACCGCGGUGCUAUUGCGUCAUCCAGAAUCCUUGCGUGCGGGACGCGUCUGGGGCUCCCGUGCUUGGGGCGAACUCCAGUGUGAUGCUGCGCAUGGGGGAGGAGGAGAUUCGCUUUGAGCAGCAGCCGUUUGCGCUGGAGCCGGGGGAGGUGCUGAAGCAGGAAAACGAGGAGUGGCUCUUUAAGCUGAAGGUGAUUCCCGCCAACACGGGCUACCACGUGCGCUGCCUCCGCGAUUUUACCGACGAGCACGACGUCGCAAGGCGGGCGGGGAUGGAGUGGUUGGUGGAGGGGCCGCAGACGUACGUGCCGCGCGUCGAGGUGGAGGUGAUGCGCGAGGUCCAGGCGCAGAUCAUCAGCCCCAACACGGCGCUGCACCUCUGUGCCAAGGUGAAGUUCACGGACCGCGACGGUGUGCCGCGGGAGGCGGGGGAACUGUGGAUGGUAAAAAGCGUUGGCGCCUACCUGCCGGCUGUGGAGGAAGAAGUCGUCGGCACCGUGGAGGGCAUUGCGCUUACCAACGCAAAGGCCCUCCAGCUUGAGGCGCUCGCCACCUUCACGGACGUUUACGGAAAAACACGGAAUGCCGGGGACAAGUGGCUGGUGACCAAGGCGGACGCUUCAGUGCACAUUCCUGACGUACACGAGAAGGUCGUCGGCGUGGUCAAGGCGACUGUGUUGAGUGCAAAGGAGUACUGCAUCGUCGAGGAUCCGCUUGGCACGGAUGGCGUGAACCAGUUCGGACGAAGGGAAGUACGCAGAGGGGAGUGCAGCUUUUUCCUGCGCCCCUACGAGAAAAUGAUUGGCGAGGUGCAGUCGAUGAAGGUGGUUGGCAAAGAUCAGGCGCUCUUGCUUCAGGCGGUUGACUCCUUUGACGAUCACGGACAGCUUCGACGCCCUGGGGAAAAGUGGAUGCUGCACGGCCCCGCCGAGUACAUCCCUGACGUGAAUGUGCGUAUUCUGGAGCAGCGGAGCGUCAUCGCGCUGGACAAGAACGAGGGCAUCUACGUCAUGGACACCACCACAGGGGUGGUGCGGGUCGUGAUGGGGGAGCCCUACAUGCUGAACGAGAACGAGGUGCUGUGGGAGAAGCAUCUCUCACCAGAGGUGGAGAUGCUGCUCUCCUCGCCGAACGGGUGCUCGAAGCAAAGGGAAGAAAAUGUGCCGAUUGCCACCACACGUGUGCGGCAUUCCGUUGUUCGCUUCAACGUCCAACACAACGCCGCGGUACAAAUCUACGACUAUAAUCAGAAGAAACUCCGUGUGGUGCUUGGGCCAAACCUGGUUGUGCUGUCCCCUGACGAGGAGUUCACGGUGCUGUCACUCAGUGGAGGAAAGCCAAAGGCGCCCGAUGCGCUACACACUCUGCAGCUUUUACUGGGCCCACGCUUCUCGAGCGAUCGCGUCGUCGUGGAGACCUCGGACCACGCCCGCCUAGAGCUGGAUCUCUCCUACAAUUGGCACUUUGACGUCAACCGUGAGGAGCCGGACUCCAAGAUAUUCUCCGUGCCGGAUUUUAUUGGGGACUGCUGUAAGACGAUCGCCUCGCGUGUUCGUGGCGCGGUGGCGGCGGAGGACUUCGACUCCUUUCACCGUAACUCCUCAAGGAUUAUUCGUGAGGCCGUCUUUGGGCACGGGGAGAACGGUGAGGUGAAGAACUCGCUGCUGUUUACGGCAAACAACCUGGUGGUGACGAACAUUGACAUCCAGUCCGUGGAGCCGACAGACGCCAAGACGCGGGACAGCCUGCAGAAGUCGGUGCAGCUUGCGAUUGAGAUCACGACCAAGUCCCAGGAGGCCGCCGCACGCCACGGAAAGGAGCGCAAGGACCAGGAGGCGCGGGGGAGGCUAGAGCGGCAGAAGCUGCUCGACAAGAUCGAGGUGGAGCGGACAAAAACGCGGUGGUUGGAGCUGCAGGCGCAAAGCGAGGCGGUGCAGGCGAGCGGGCAGUCCGUGGCGGAGGCCAAGGCCAAGGCGGAGUCGCUUCUGAUCGAGGUGGAGUCCGAGUUAAAGCAGGCGGAGAUGCGGGCGAAGGCCUACCGCAUCACAGCCGAGGCGGAGCUGCGGAGACAGAAGCAAAAACUGGACCUAGAACUGGAGUUUACGAAGCGGCAGAACGAAAUUGAAAUCAUAAAGGCGCGCCAGUUGGCGGAAACCGAGGCCGAGCGGGUGCGGCGCAUGGUGGCCGCCAUUGGGCGUGAGACGAUUGUGGCGGUGGCGCAGGCCGGGCCGGAGAUGCAGGCCAAGCUGCUUGGGGGCCUAGGCCUCAAGGGUUACCUCAUCACGGACGGGAAGUCGCCGGUCAACCUGUUCAACACCGCCCAGGGUUUGAUUAACGGCGGGACCUCGGCACAGUAG